GAGUUUACAGAAAGUUGUUCUGGAAGGAGAGAGAAAGGCGGAUCGGAGGAGCUGGAGGGGGGAGGAGAAGAAGAAGAAGGAGGAGAAGAAGGAGUCCAUCCCAGGGAAGCUGGACGCACUGAGUGAGAUCCCUUGGCUUUGCUUUUUUGAGACUUCUCCCUUCCCCUCUCUCGCCUCCGUCUCCUUGCCAGAAGAAGAACAUGUCUACAGCCAUCGUGUCUCCCACCAUCUUCGAGCUCAGUGAAGUUUUAUGCAAAAGUAACAAGAUGUUGAACUACAACCCCUCGGCUGUCGGAGGGUGUCUCUUGGACAGGAAGGCGGUGGGAACCCCGGCUGGCGGGGGUUUCCCCAGGAGGCAUUCUGUCACCUUGCCGAAUGCCAAGUUCCACCAGACCCACCUCCUGAACAGCCUCAAGGGGGAGCCAGGCCCGGUGCUGGGCCCCAGGGAGAACCGCUUCCGAGACCGCUCCUUCUCCGAAGGUGGGGAGCGCCUCCUCCAGCAAAAGCAGCCUGCCGGCCAAGUCAACUCCAGCCGCUACAAGACAGAGCUGUGCCGUCCCUUUGAGGAGAAUGGGGCCUGCAAGUACGGAGACAAGUGCCAGUUCGCCCACGGCAUCCACGAGCUGCGGAGCUUGACCCGCCACCCUAAGUACAAGACGGAGCUCUGCCGCACUUUCCACACCAUCGGCUUCUGCCCUUACGGGCCUCGCUGCCACUUCAUCCACAAUGCUGAGGAGCGCCGGGCUGUGGCGGGGGGCCGAGAGGUCGCCAUCAACGAAAGGCCCCGCCUCCAACACAGCUUCAGCUUUGCUGGCUUCCCAAGUGCUGUUGCUGCCAAUGGGCUGCUGGAUAGCCCUACAUCCAUCACCCCUCCGCCCAUCCUGAGUGCCGACGACCUUUUGGGCUCUCCCACUCUGCCUGACUGUGCCAGCAACCCUUUCACCUUCUCCAGCCAGGAGCUGACCAAUCUCUUUGCUCCCAGCAUGGGGGUGCAGGUGUCCAGUGGAGGCUCGCCCACCGCUUUUCUCCUCAGACCCAUGUCUGAAUCCCCCAAUAUGUUUGACUCGCCCCCGAGCCCUCCAGACUCCCUCUCUGACCAGGAGGGCUAUCUGAGCAGCUCUAGCAGCAGCCACAGCGGCUCGGAUUCACCCAUCCUGGACACCUCAAGGCGUCUUCCCAUCUUUAGCAGACUCUCCAUCUCUGACGAGUAACCUGGUGUUGCUUCUUGACCUCUUCCCCCAACUCUCUAUUUACAAUGUUAAGCUUGUAAUCUCUCUCUCUUUUUUCUUUCUCUCCUCCCUGCCCCCUUACCCAGCCCCUCCCUCCUGAAUGUCCUUAACAUCUCUGGGUUAGAUGUUAACACAAAGAUGGUCCACCUGCCUAAAGUCCACCCACUGGCUGAAAAAUCAUAAGUGCCAAAUUGCAACAACAAAAAGUGAUAAUCGUUUACAAACCUAGUGCCUUUUUAACUUGUUCACUGUGACUUUAUUACCUCUCCAGCUGCAGAGGGCACCAGCAGCCUCCUCAGCUCUGCCUUUCCAGAUGUGCAGGGAAUAUCCGGAACCAGCAGCUUCUAUCACUGGCCAUAAGACAGGACCCUCCUCUUCCUUUUCCCUUUGGCCAGUGUUCUGUAGAUGUAUGGCACGUGGACACCUGUUAACAUCCAACCCUUUCAAUCUUCUAAGUAAAGACUAAUCUUGCCUGAAUCUGCUCAGGUCAGCCAGAAGAACAGCUGAGAAUGGACAGUAACUGUUAAGACAUGCGUGGGGCUUGGUGACUGGAGAGAAUAGCCAGAUGGACAAUGAGAGACUUGUUUUUGGUGCUACAAGUUCCCCCGUGUGUACAGGUGACAUCUUCAAAAUGAAAUUUGGGGAGGGGGGCUGUCUAACGGUGUUCAUUCCACACAAGCAAGUUCUGUGUAAACAAAGUUCCAGUAGUCAUAGCUUUAAUGGUUUUGCUCUAGAGUACAAUAGACCUAUCCAUAGAGCACUCACGCCAAGCUUUUUUUAUGUUUAUUUUUUCCCUGGGUUUUUAAUUUUGUAUAACUUUUCAGAAAUUGGAAAGCAAAUUUUGCUUGUCACUGCACAACAAUAUAAAGCUUAUUUAACUUAUCAAAACGUAUUUAUUGCUGAAACCUAUGCUUUUUUGUUAAUUUUGUUCAUAUUUAUCUGGAUGAUGAAUUCAUAGAAUAUAUUCUUUUAUGUUUAAAUUAUGAUCUUCCAUAUUAAUCUUAAGAUUGUGAAGUCUUUUUUCUUUCCCCCUCCCCCACAGUUUAAUAUAUUAUACUACAAUGACAUUUUUGUAACUUUACACUUUUUGUUAUUUUAUUUUAAAAAAAUGAAAAAUUAAUUUAAAAAAUGCAACAGCUGUGUUUGGAUUAUUUAUUUUAGAUCGUUCCCCCUUUUUUGUGUCAGACUGCAAAUUGAGUUUAAUGUGCUUCUUUGCCUCUCUUUGCCCAAACAAGGCCUUUCCCAGACGGGACAGAUUUCUGGCCACACUGAUGUCAAUUGAGGUUUUGUCACUGACUUCAGUUGGGUGAGGAUUUCAUGGCCUCUAGAAUGUAUGUGCACAAGCUGUGCUUUGAGACAAUAAAAAGGAAGACUGCUUGCUUCCUUUUUUUCUAAGUAUUUAAAGGAAAAACAAAGUCUGCCCUUGGGUUUCAAGUGCCUAUCUUAAAGACAUUCCAAAUGCAGUUUGUCUUUGCAUUUCUGUAUUCCAAGAAUGGAGUGUUUCCGCUUUUAAGGUAAACAGUUCUGGCACAAAGAACACAUUGAAUGUAAUUUUCCCAUUACUGUUCACUACAUUGCUUUUUCCCAUCUCUUUUCCUUUGUGUGAGUUUAUUUAAAAGAAUCUUUUGUAACGACUGUUUGCAGUUUAAAUCAAUAAAUCCCAAGUGUUUUUUCAAGAA